UAGAGAUGCCGUAGGUAUCAAACGCCGGCAGAGAGGAGCCAUUUCAGCCCUUCGGAAACUAGUGGCAUCAACCCAGUGAGUCCAUCGUGAAAGUGGGAUCAUCACCAUGGUGAAAAUCUUCAUUGGGAACUUGUCUCCAGACACCAUGGCAGAGGAGCUGCGCUCCCUCUUCUCCCAGUAUGGAAAGGUCUCUGAGUGUGACAUCGUCAAGAACUUUGGCUUUGUGCACAUGAAGGAUAAAGCUGAAGCGGAGGAGGCCAUCAAGAACCUCCACCACUAUGAGCUCAACGGGGAGCAGAUGAACGUGGAGAUGAGCCGCGGCAGACCCAAAGCCACCACCAAGCUGCACGUGGGCAAUAUCAACAGCAGCUGCACCAACCAAGAGAUGCGGGCCAAGUUUGAGGAGUACGGCCCUGUGGUGGAGUGUGACAUAGUGAAGGACUACGCCUUUGUCCACUUGGAGCGUAUGGAGGAUGCCAUGGAGGCCAUCAGUGGGCUGGACAACACAGCCUUCCAAGGCAAACUGAUGAGUGUGAAGCUUUCGACUAGCCGCCUGCGUACUACGCCGGGAAUGGGAGAGAGGACAGGUUGUUAUCGGUGCGGGCAGGAAGGCCACUGGUCCAAAGAGUGCCCGCUCGACACUUCGGGCAACUACAGAGAGGGUGCCGAGCCAAGCUCUGACCCUAGGUUCGGCGGUGGCUGCGGUUAUCAACGGGGCUUGAAUGUCGGCGUUCCAGGUUACAGUGGAAGCUAUUCUCCCGCGCACGGCUUUGGCGGUGUGCCCGGGUAUGGCAGGGGCGCAGGCUAUGAAAGCACAUUGAGUUACGGGCUUCCGCCGGGUUACGGAAUGAGCGCCGCCGAACAUAGCAUGGCACGGGUGUAUGCCAGUGAGGCAGCGUACGGAGGCAGCAGCUGGAGCCACGGCGUGGUCCCAGCCUACCCUAUGCGCCGGUCAUCGUAUGAGGACCGUGAUCCGUAUGGUGCCGUGGACUUCUACGAGAAGUAUCGGGCUCGCCCGUAUGGAGCCAGUUAUUUCGAGGAGCGCCGGUCUGUUCCUUUGCCCAGCCCACCGUUCCCUUCCUCCUUGGCCAUAAUGAGGGAGCGCCUGCCUCCCUCUAGCCCCGACCUAUACGAGCGCUGUCUUCUCCCUUCUCCACCAGCCCCCCUCUCCUCAUCCUACUCCCGCGACCGGAGCCCAUUCCGGCGAAUACCUACCGAGGCGUACGAGCGCGCGCGCCUCUCCCCGGUGCCCUCCCUCCCCAGAAGAUCGGCUUACGACAUCCCGCGGGACCCCUACGCCGAGCGGGCGCGAUAUGCUUACUAACCUUUCUUCCUCCUGUCCAGGUGAGACCUGAUUUAGCUUUCAUAGGUUAGCGUGAUUAAGUUCCCAGGGAACUAGUAUUAAUGUAAACACUGGGUGUUUUGAUCGUUUAUUUCCUAGGUAAAGUCCUAGGAAACGUCAGGUUUUCUGUCUUGACGUAGAUUGAUAAGACUGAUGCCCAUCAAGCUUGUUGAUCAAAUAGAAGAGAAUGCGUGCCGUAGAACUUAAAUGCAUCUUGUGGGUGACCAUGUUACUAUUUGGUAUGCUCUUUUUUCAGGUAUCGCGACGGUCAACCGAGCACGAGAUAAUCUUUGUUUCGACUCACGAUGCAUUUCGGUUAUGGCCCGCAAUCGUGGGACUGUGAAAGUGCAGACAUUUAGCUUCUCUGUUCGGUAUCUGUCUCGUGUGUCAACUGAUCGCUUAGUAACGGUUGUAUUUCCCCACUAAAAGCAGAUUGUACAUAGAUUUUUUUUUAUUUUUUUUUUUACAAAAAGAAGUUGAUUUGAAUGUGAGUCCUGCAGUUAUACGAAAAGUAGCACCAGUUGAAUCAUCCAAUGCAGUUGACUCCAGGUAGCAGUUGUAUGCAUUAUUGUGAUGAAUGCAAUCAUUUGCUAAUUAUGUUCUAAUUCAUUUUAAAACAAUCAAAAUACAUGUGUAUUAUUUACACAUUCAUUCACAAUACCUAUCUAAUUCUACUAUACACCUGAGGUAGGGGCCGCAAUGGACAACUGACCAAAUCCCGCUUUUUGGCUGAAUUAAACCUGUAUCAAAAAAUCAUUCACUUCAAAUGUUACAGUAUUAUUCAAAUUGUAUGUGAAUUAAAUAUUACACUUUGAAUAGAUUCUUAGUUUUGGAGCCUUUAAACAUUUUUUUUUACCCUUUUUCUCCCCAAUUUCUUGGUAUCCAAUUGUUAGUAACUACUAUAAUGUCUCAUCGCAACAACUCCCGUACGGGCUCAGGAGAGACGAAGGUAGAAAGUCAUGCGUCCUCCGAAACACAACCCAACCAAGCCACACUGCUUCUUAACACAGCGCCAUCCAGUCCGGAAGUCAGCCGCACCAAUGUGUCGGAGGAAACACCUGGCGACCUUAGUUAGUGCGCACUGCGCCUGGCCCGCUACAGGAGUAGCUCACCGCGUGGUGCGCGGUGAGACAAGGAAAUCCCUACCGGCCUAACCCGGACGACGCUAGCCCAAUUGUGCGUCGCCACACGGACCUCCCGGUCGCAGCCGGCUGUGACAGCCUGGGCGCAAACUCAGAGUCUCUGGUGGCACAGUAACUGAGGAGCUGCGCCACCCGGGAGGCCCCAGUUUUAGAACAUUUCUAAACUGUUGUGUAGGCUUAUACAUCACCAUGGGACGGCCCCAUGAACCCAUUCCAUCUUGACAAAAUCAGUAUUUUUAGAAGUGGAUUUGCCACCAUUGGUCCUGAAUGAUGAUAUGAUAAAUAUUUCUGUCCAUCUGUUUCUCAAUAAAGUCACUGUCUGAAAAGUUA